AAGUAGCUCCAGGGCCCUCGGAGGCGCGCCGAGGGAAGUGGCGCAUGCGCUCUCGUUAACUUUGAGGGACAACGAUAGAUUUAAUUAUUUUUUUUAUUUUCCGCGGCGUCCGCUCCGCUGGCGUCGUUUCUCGCGUCUUUCUUCCCUCUGGGCCUCCAGUGGGGCUUGAGCUCCGCCGGCCGGCCCCGGCACAUCAAUAGCAUGCCCAGCCGUGCCGCACCUCAGGAGGUAGCAGCGGCAGCGGGGACUGCGGGAGCCGUGCAGCAAGAACGGGGCCUGACGGGCGCCUUUCCCUUGGUGCUGAAGAAACUGAUGGAAAACCCUCCGCGGGACGCACGCCUGGAUAAAGAGAAGAAGGAAAAACUUGAGGAAGAUGAAGCAGCAGCUGCAAGUACAAUGGCAGUUUCUGCCUCCCUCAUGCCUCCCAUUUGGGAUAAAACUAUUCCUUAUGAUGGAGAAUCUUUUCAUCUGGAGUAUAUGGAUCUUGAUGAAUUCCUGUUGGAAAAUGGAAUCCCUUCCAGUCCUGCUCAUCUGGAUCUGAAUCAGAAUCCCCUCCUGCCUGUGGCUGAACUGGAAGGAAAAGAACCUGCCACUGUUUCUGUUGCUACUACUCCACCUGCAUCAUCUUCCACAGUGGUUUUCAAUCUAUCAGAGUCUACCAGAAAUGCAGAAUCCUCUCCAGAUAAUGAAAGAUUGACUCCCAGCCCUGUUGAUCCAGAUUGUGUUGAGAUUGAUGUGAAUUUCAAUCCUGACCCUGUUGAUUUAGUGCUGUCCAGUGUGCCUGGAGGAGAGCUCUUUAAUCCUAGAAAACAUAAGUUUGCUGAAGAGGACUUGAAACCACAGCCUAUGAUUAAAAAAGCCAAGAAAGUCUUUGUCCCAGAAAAUCAAAAGGAUGAAAAAUAUUGGACAAGGCGGAAGAAAAAUAAUGUGGCAGCCAAGCGAUCUCGGGAUGCUCGGCGCCUAAAAGAGAAUCAGAUCACAAUCCGAGCUGCUUUUCUGGAGAAAGAGAACACAGCCUUGAGGACCGAAGUUGCAGAACUACGGAAGGAAAUGGGAAAAUGCAAGAACAUUGUCUCUAAAUAUGAGAGCAGAUAUGGAUCCUUUGACUUAUCUGAUUCCGAAUGAUGAUAAAGACUCUUAAAAUCACAAAGAAACUAAAAACUACACAUGAAACCCCCUGCCAUCAAAGUGAAUAGUGAGACAUAUGAGGUAUUCUACACAAACAUCUGAUGACGCUGCUUCUCUGCAAGUAUCUUCUUGAACUACCUAAGGGCUGAGCCUGAUGAAAAUACUAAGGUCUCUAGUUUUACACUUCGCUUUGUACUGCUCUUUUCCUUGCUGUGGCAAUUUGCAGUACAUUGUUUAUUUCUUUUCAACCAAUGUGGUAUUUGUGAUGCAGAAUAUAGCCUGAACAAGCUGUCGUUUUGCAAGAUAAUUCUUAGGAGGAAAGAACAAGUUUUAAUUGAAAAUCACUUCAGCUAAAUAAAAAAGUUAAAAAUUCUGUUUUAUUCUAGAAAAAAGGGUAUUGAUAUUGCCUCCAAACUUUGUUAAGUAAUAAUACUGUUGAAACAGAAAAUAUAAGAAAUGGACCAGAAUAUAUCCAAUAUCAAUAUCCAAUUCAAUAUCCAAUCAGUGAAAAAGCCAAGCAGCUUAAAAUGGACUGCAUAUUAUCAAAUGUUGGCAGCUGUUUUUGUCAUUCAUAAAUGUUGACAUUAGGGCUUCUUUCACUCAUGAGGGCCACAUUGAUCUGAAACUGGCCUGCCCCCGUGUCCUGUGGGUCUGCAGACCUUGAGAAACUAAGCUGAUUAACUGUUAACUCCUGUUGUGGAGCAAGAGGAAACCCUGCAAUAACUGUUUGUAGUGUUUCUUUGCAUGGUGGUGGUGGGAAGGGGAGACAGCAAGAUUUCCACUGUUGGAUCUCAUGCUGUGGAAAUUCUUCCUUACUGCUCCCAAUCUACAGGGUUUUUUUCAGGGGCAAUAUUACUGUUCCCUCUGGUUGAUAUGGGUAGUGGGCUGUCUGCCAUUUUUUGUGCCCUUCCACUAUUCUUCCUGAAGAAUGCAGGUCUACUUCAUGAUGGUUAGAGUAGAGUUUUCAGGACUGCUAUUUGGGAUAGGGUAGGAGAGAUGAGACCAGGUUUGUGCAAGCAUCCCAAGAUAUCUAAGUUAGCAUUUUUUCUUCCUGACGUCCGAUGACACUCUGGUGAGAUUACUGUGAUGAUGAGCUGAUGCAUUUUCACAGUAUGCUCUUUGUAAUAAAACGUAGUGUAGUUUGUCCUUGUUUUUCUAAACGUACUUUUAACUAUAGCUAUUUAAUAAGAAACAAGAAUUAUAAUUAAUAAAGGUCAGAUUAUGUAAGAUGCAAUAAUAUUGGUCCACAUUUUCUCUAUUUUACAUGGAGAUGGAGACAACUCAGUGUCUCAUUUUCUUUUAUCUCAGUGAAUCAUUUAGUUUGUACUAGCCCAUCAAAGUCGGGGUAGUUUUCUGGCUUUCUGAAUUGAAAAUAAUAAUAAUAAUGAAAUUAUUUAUCAUUUUUCUUUACAUUUCCUAAAGAAUUUGUGAACUUUCAUCAAAGUUUAAUUUAGAAUUAUAAUAUCACACAGAAUAAUGAAAUAUAAUUCUGAUACAUGGCUAGGAAGUUUUAGAAAUAGUUGAUAAACCACAUAGCAAAGGUUGAAUGAUGAUAUGAGAAUUACAACUCUGGAAAUUAGAGUUGUAAUCUACAUUAAAUUGUAGUGUGUCAAAAUAAUACAUAUUUGGAUGUAUUUAUUAAUGAUGAAUAUUCAGUUAGCGUUAUUUAAAAAGCAUAUAAAAGAUAAACAUUGCUUGUUUCUGGCAUAUUUCAAAAUGUAAAUAAAAGCUUACUCAGACUGAGCCCACCUCCUUGCAAUUUCAUGAAUAUAUUCACAGUUUUCAUGGUAGCAAUAUAGUAUAUUUUUUCAGCUUCUCAGGCUAGCUGAUAGACUUGGUAUUUCUUGGUAAUUUCCAGUCCUGACACUAACAAGAUUCUGAUGUCCAGGUCAACCAAGGUAGGCUAGAACUUGCCUUUCCUAAAAUGCAGGUUUGAUUGUUUCUAAUUACGGUAGUAAGCAAAUAAAGAUGCUAUUUCAAAUUCUAUGAAUGUGGACUGUACAAAUCUGAGAAAAUUGGUAUCAGUGAGAAAAAAUGAUCAUAAUAUCAAUCUUAUCUAAUGCUUGUCUAAAGACUGCUGCAAAUUCUAAUAACUUGCAUUUGGUGCCAGAUUUCUAAUAACUUUACUAUAACUUUACUUUACUACUAUGAUACAAAUGUAGCUUAUAAUAAUCUAUGUGUUAGAUAUUCAUUAAAUUUUCUGGCCAUAAUUUGUGAGGAUUUUAUGAAUAAACAACAUAAUACAAUCUAGCAAAGAUUGUAGGAAUAUGUCAAGUGACAUUGUAUAUAUUUAUGUAACUAAAAAUCUUCAGUAGCAGAAAUACUAUUAAUUAUUUAUGGCCUGCACAUAUAAGUCUUCAGUAGUGUAACAUACUAUAUUUGAAUACCAUGCUAUAAAAAUAUCUAUACAGCAGGAAAAUUGCAGUAUUUGACUUGCUUGUUUGUUGCUUGGAAGCCUUAUAAUCACUUUAUAUUUAAUUACAAAACUAUGUGAAAUUAUAUAACAAUUUCUGAAUUUUGUUAGAAACGACAUUGUCCUAAUUCAAUCCAACUCCCCACUCAAAAACAAAUUUAGGAAAAUUAAGAGAAAUUAAAUUAAGAGAAAAUGUAUAGAUUAUAAGCAUAAAUAGACUGACUAUCUUUUGUAACUCUUCAUCUUGGUGAUUCCGUUAUGGCAGAGAAAUAUAUUCUUAAUUUGCCCUAAUGCUUAGUAUUAUGUAUCCAAAUAAGUAAUGCAAAACGAAGGCAGUACAGUAGAUGUGAAAAUUCUUCUGUUCUUUAUAAACUGGUAUGAUCUCCAGUAAACAAAAGGAAAAGUUUAUGAGCAACAAUGAGUUUUGUAUGGGUGUUCAGGUUUUAUUCACCUGCCACUGAAUAGCCACACGUUAUAAAAUUUAUUCUAAGAAUUGGGAAAAUUCAUGAAAUAAUACAGGAAUCUAAGUGAUUUUAAGGGCAUUCUAGACAAAACUGCAAAACAUUUGUUAAGCAAGUUUGAAUGAAAAAUUCACCAAAUAGAGAAAAAAGUCCAUUUGUUUUACUUGUUUGGUAGGAAAUGUGUGUUUUAGAGUUUGCCAUACCUCUCAUGCAUUAUCUUUUUCCCUCAGCUUUCCUUAAGAUUUUAAAUGAAAGACUAAGAAAAAAAAAACAUUUAAAAACUCCUAGAUAAUGUAUGUCAUAGGGUUCUUUCUAUGUGAAAUAUUGCCAUUACAGAUUUUUUUUUUUUUGCGCUCUUUGUUAAAUACACUACCAGCUAGCAAAUAUUUGAGUUCCUUGUCAAAAGAGGUAUAGUGAUACUGGGAAUUUUAGCCAUCUCAUUUAGCCAGUUUAGCCAUUAGUUUCCUUUUGCUUUUUUACAUUCAGUAUCCAUUUGAAAACAAUAUUUUACCAUUUUGUCUAUAUCAUUUUAAUAACCAGAUACAUAAUAGUAAUUCAAUAUCAUCAAGCAUAACUCAUAACCGCGGAGAAUAACAUAUCCCUUUUUAAUUUUAUGCAUAUACCUAUUUUAACAUAUUUUUAAAAUUAUAAACUAAUAGUCUUAAAUAAUUGAUUUGAAUAGACAUAGCAUAGUAUUUAAAAAAAUGAAUAUUUGUGUGAAUCUUCUACUUUGGUUAGGCUUAAAGGAGAUUUUGCAGUUUUCUGUGAUCUCUGUACAGAUUUUGUGUGGAAUUUUGAUUGAGUCUCUCAGUUUGGUAUAAUUCAUUCAAAAAGUAAUUGAGACAUUUAUCUUAUGUUGUGAAUUCUGAAGCUUCUCAAAGCUUUGAUAUUUAAUCUAUGCUAUCUUUGUUGCCAUUUUGUAUGAUUGGAAAAAAUCAGAGAAAUUUGUGGCUUUUUAAAAAUACAUAUUUAUUGGCAUUUUUCCAUGUCCUUUUUGAACUAUAUUGUAUUGUGCUGCCUGGAAUAAUCAAGUAUUUUAGAUGUAGAAAGUGGAAGAGAAUGAGCAGGAAAGCUUGCAAAUAUAUUACAAAAA